AUGUCUUCCCACGAAGCCCUCAACCCCAUUCACCCCGCGGUGCUCCCCCACCUCGACCCAGUGUUUGUGCAACUCUACAACGAACACGUCGCCAAUACUCCUGCUGGUCCAAUUGAUCUGUCUGUGUUGCGCACGAAAUACUCGGUGCUAUACUCGUAUGGUACGGGUCCAGCGCCAGACUGUGCGCGCGUUUACGACAGUGAAGUGACCGGUCACAAUGGCGACUUGAUUCCCGUUCGAGUGUACGAGCCUGCCACCCCAGGACCAUGGCCUGUGCAUGUGGACUAUCACGGAGGAGGCUGGGGUUUGGGGGAUCUCGACACCGAAGCCCACAUCUGCAAGCACAUCUGCGUCAAAGCCAACGUCUGCGUCAUCGACGUCGCCUAUCGACUCGUCCCAGAACACGCAUUCCCCAUCGGUAUCCAAGACUCCUUCGCUGCCCUGCAAUAUAUCUCUGCCCACGGCGCCGACAAAUUCAACAUCGAUCCCACGCGGGUCUCCCUCGGCGGCGUUUCCGCUGGUGGUAACAUCGCUCUGAUCUGCGCACAUCUCGCCCGCGAUGCCCAAAUCCCCCUCAAGCUAGUCGCAGUCGGCACACCCACAAUCGAUGAUAUCUCCAAAUACAAGUCAGCCGCUGACGCCCCGUGGCCUUCCAUGCAGUCCAUGGAACACGCGCCCACCUUGAACUGGGCGCGGUUGAAGUGGUUCGAUAAUCUCAAGUGGCAGAGCAUCGCCUCCGAGGGACCAACGCGAGACGCACAAUUGGCUGCCGUCAAGUGGUAUGCCAAUGCUCUGCAGGCACCGGAUUUCACUGGCCUCCCCAAGACGGUGAUCUAUACGGCGGGUUGUGAUCCGCUGCGCGACGAGGGCGAGACUUAUGCACGGAAGUUGAUUGAGGGUGGGAAUGAGGUCGCCCAAAAACGAUUUGCGGGCGUUCCACACCCGUUCAUGCACAUGGAUAAAGAUUUAUGGCAAGCGAAGGAGUUUAUCGACAUGACGGCGGAUCACAUUAAGGCUACCUUGCACCAAUAG